GCCACGCUCCCGGGGCGCCGUGCACCGCUGCCUCCGCCGACGCUGGUAAACGCUGUGCCCCCGGAGGGCCUCGCCUUCCCCGCCAGGCCCCGACCUCCCCGCCGCCGGUUUCCACAGCCACGCCCGGCUCCGAACACUCCUGCGGCUUCUCCUUUGAACCAGACCCCACGCUCCGGGAUGCAGAGGCCAUGGCCCGGCGGGCACCGUGGAUGGUCAGCGUGCGGGCCAACGACACCCAUGUCUGUGCGGGCACCCUCAUCGCCUCCCGCUGGGUGCUGGCCGUGGCCCAUUGUGUGACCCAGCACGACACGAACUACACCGUGAGGGCAGGGAGCCCGUGGAUCGAUCGGCUGACUCCGACCAGCACCGAUGUCCAGGUGCUGCAGGUCAUCGUGAACCCCCGGUACCACCCCCAGCGCUACUGGUCCUGGCUCGGCCAGGCCGACAACAUUGGCCUCCUCAAGCUGCAGCACGCGCUCAACUACAGCAAGUACGUGUGGCCCAUCUGCCUGCCUGACCUGGACGCCCGGGUGAAGGACGGUUAUCUCUGCACCGUGAUGGGCUGGGGACUUUCCAGGGCUGACGGCGCGUGGCCCCAGUUCCGGACCAUCCAGGAGAAGGAGGUCACCAUCCUGAACAACAAGGAGUGCGACAACAUCUACCACAAGUUCUCCACCGUCCCCUCCCUGGUCUGGAUCGUCACCUCCCAGAUGAUCUGUGCCACGGACCCCAGCAGGGAGCAGUUCUGCUACGAGGAGACGGGGGAGCCCUUGGUGUGCUCCUCAGGGGGCCUCUCAUACCUGAUGGGCCUGGUGAGCUGGGGUGCAGGCUGCGAGAAGAGCGAGGCACCACCCAUCUUCCUCCGAGUCUCCCCCUACCAGUCCUGGAUCCGGGCCCAUCUCAGUGGGCAGCCCCGGGGCCUGCACGCCCCCUCCUGCGCCCUGCUGCUGUCCCUGCUGCCGUCCCUCAGUCUCCUGGCUGCUCUGUGAUGCGUGGUUCAUUAAACACUUUUCUUC